AUGAAGGAGCCGGUGCGGUUGAGUUUGAAGGACUUAUCGGUUAGUAGGUUGAAGGGGUUUGGGCGGUUCUUUAAACGGGAGUUUGAUGCUAUUUAUCAUAAGGAUGAAGUCUUGCGGGAACUUGGUUGGGUAAAUGGGGGUGGGAAGGAGUUGGUUAAAACUUGCUUGUACUUGGCUGAUCGACCGGAAAUUGUGGCUGAGUUGUUGCCUUACUUGUUUAAAGGACAUAUAUUUCCGGAUGGAUGUAAGUAUGUGAAAGAAGUAGUGAAGGUUUUGGCUCGGACGGGGACUAGGAUGUUUAUUUCGGAUGAAAGUGUCUUGGGGGAAAUGCGUGGGUUCUUUACGGCUUGUAAGGAAUCCUUGGAGUUGUUAUGGUUGGUGGAAGAUGGAUGUCGUACUUGUCCACGAGCAAUGGCUGGAUUGUUAAGUGAAGAGUACUUGGUAUAUAUAAGUGAGCAGUACCCGGCUCGGGCUUUGCAAGUCUUGGAGGCUUUAGAGAAUUCGGGAGUAGAAGUAGUGACUACUCGGGCUCGUGAAGUCUUACAUACGGCUGGCCUGAAGAAUGGGUGUACAGUUUACCGUAGUUCUGAUGGUUUAGGGUUCUUCUUUUAA